CACCAUAUCACCGACGCGACGUGACAUCGACCGUGAAAUUUAUGAGCUCAAAAAAGCAAAUAAGAGAUAGGCCUAAUUAACAAACAGCUGUUGCUAGUAAUAGGCCUAAUUUGAUCUUUUUCAGAAUAAAAACCCCACUUUGAUAGGUACUGGUUGCGCUGAUAAUGAUGGAUUCCUCAAAAGGGCUCACAAGCAUGAAGAAACCCGGAGAGAGAAGACAAUGAGAAGUAAUUACAGUUAUAGAGGUGGGAACAAAACUCCCACCAAGGAAAAUUUUGGGUAAACCCACAGAAUCAGGUAGAGACUGAAAACCCAAUCCACAUGUGAACCAAGCUGGGAUUCCAAUACCAAGAGAUGCAGGGAACCCACAAAAAGCAAGCUUGCAAUUGACCAGGUUGAGGUGAACACAUGCUGUCACGUCCCGGUGAGGUGUGAGGAUUUGGACAGUGCCCAGUUUUCUCAGGGAGAAACACUUUGUGAAAAGAUGAUGGUGGACAUAAGUGCAAUAUGCAUGAAUCUACAAACUUAUACAGAUCUUACAAUCUGUGGAAGAGAUGUUUAUUGUAUUACAUUUUUGCUGUAAUUUGGAAGUAGGCCAUCAUUAUGGCAGCUCAUCAGCCCAAUAGUAUCGAGGAGAAAACGCCUCAAGGUAUAGCCCAAGCUGACCAGAUCUCGGGAACUGAGCGUGGCGAUGAGACUGACACAAGGCACCGCCCUCACCCACUUGAGAGACAGGGGUCACGGACGCGUUUCCCUUCUGGAAAGGAAUCCAACGCGAGCAGUGGAAACGUCGCCAAGUCGUCAUCAUCCUCUUCACUGUCAUUGUCCUCGUCAGACAUUCGGCAAAUAAGCUCCGGGAAGGAGGACAAAGUGAGCUCCCCUCGCCACGUCUCCCAUACCCCACCGACAUCGCCAACUCUGAACCAUUCCAGUGCCAACCACAAAACGCUGUCCUUUCCCAGGACGACUCUGCCACAGUGUGGCCGAGAUGGGUUUACGAGUCCCAGGUCGCGGCUGCGCAUUAAACGGAGCCGUCCCCGGCAGGACAAUCUACUGACUGUCCGGGCCAUGGCCUAUCUAGCGCUGUGGUACUUCUUUAGCUUCUGCACGCUGUUUCUGAACAAGUACAUACUGAGCACGCUCGGUGGGGAGCCAGGGAUGCUAGGUUCCACCCAGAUGCUGGUAACCACUGUCUGCGGCUUCUGCAAGAUGUACAUUCCCUGCUGCCUCUACCGUCACAAGAGCCAGGACGACAGACCCAAGGGAUUCCUGUGGAACAUGAUUGGCCUCGGCAUUAUGAGAUUCUUAACUGUUCUUUUAGGACUGGUCAGCUUGAAGCACAUCGCGGUGUCCUUCACGGAGACGAUCAAGAGCUCCGCCCCCCUUUUCACCGUCAUUAUAGCCUGGCUCAUGCUCAGGGAACGCACAGGGCUAUGGGUGAACCUGUCACUGGUACCUGUCAUGGGUGGCCUGGCCUUGACCAGCUGCUACGAGCUGAGCUUCACCUUGAUCGGCUUCUCUGCUGCCAUAGCAACAAAUUUGGUGGAUUGUCUGCAGAACGUGUUCUCCAAAAAACUUCUUAGUGGCAGUUCCCACAGAUACAGCCCACCAGAACUACAGUUCUACACCAGCACAGCAGCAGUAGUCCUCCUAGUGCCCUCCUGGUUUUUUUUAAUUGACAACCCAUUUAAGAAUGGUCUUCCUGAUCAAGUAUUGGUCAUGGCCCUAGUGCUCGAUGGCAUCUUUUUCCACCUUCAAAGUAUAACAGCGUAUGCUCUCAUGGGAAGGAUAUCGCCGGUUACUCAUAGUGUUGCCAACACGGCCAAGAGGGCACUGCUCAUAUGGCUAUCCAUCCUCAUCUUCAACAACCCAGUCACUGUUCUCAGUGGCGUGGGCACCAUCAUUGUCGUCCUGGGGGUUUUCCUAUACAACCGCGCCCGUGAGUACGAGCAGAGCAUCCGGCGAGUGCAGGACGGGAUCGGAGAGGGUGGCAAGCCCCUCUCCUCCCCAGUCUGAUGGUAUCUGUGCAUAGCCUGUCGAGGGUGCUGUUUCCCCUGGUCACAGUGAGAGAGUGGGAGUGGCCGAGUUGGGCAUUUUUACCGCAAUAACAUUGUAGCACAUGGCAUGAGCUUGCUAGUAUCUGUGACUAGUUCGCCAGUGCUGCCGCAUUGCACAGGAAAGUCUGAAAACCCAAAUUCAGCUGUUGUAAUCAAGAGGCUGUGUACAAAGUAAUCAUUCCUGAUCGGUGCUUUGGAUUUUUCCAUCAAGAGAAUGCUCGUUUGGAAGAGAGUUUCCAGUAAACCAUGGUGACUUCAUUGUCAGUGCAAGAAGCAAGUGUCGCACCAAGCCCACAGCCCCGGCCGCAUAUACUUCCUUCGAGGGAGUCCAACUUAUUUCUUUUCUUUGGAUGCUUGUCACGGUAAAAGGAUCAGGCCCUUCAGACCUUGUGCCAAGGUUUUAGCUGGCUAACUUCAUCACAUGAAUGUGAUCUUGUUGAACAUUUUAGAAAGCCCACUCACUGUGGAUAAGAUGGACUUUUUUGUUGUCGUCCACAGGGCAGUACAAAGGUGAACAGGUGUUAUUGAGAUAAACAUGUACAUUUGUAUUAUUUGCUAUAUUCAUUUUAUGGCAUUUGAAAUCAUGGUGCUUGUAAUGUAUUUCUUUUACUUCUCAUCUUUGGGUCGCGGAACCAGGUCAUCAACAUCUCUGUUUCUUUUUGAUUUACUGUGUCAGUAUUUUGUCACAAAUUGACUCCUGUAUGUGAGGAUGUUUUCAACUCAGGGAAAUUCUAACCAGUAUGCACAAUUAAUGGUAAUUUCUGCAUCAGAGAGGUUGGAGAUUAGCAAGCAGGUGCGGAUGCUGGGGUCAUGUUAUGUUCCACAUGCACCGUGCUGUCCAAUGCACCUAGAUGUGAUCCUGGUGAUAUACACGGUAUGGACAAAUUCUCUGGUGUUGUCUUCGAGUCCAUCACAAGUCCCUGUAAGUUUACCACAAGUCGUCCAGUCUGAAGGCCAGUCACAGGCUGUUCAGAUAAACCAUGAAAACACUAUUAUUUUCUGUUAUGUUCCUCAUGCCACUUGUAAGUGGCCCUAUGAAAGGACUUUCGGGGAAGCUUGUGAGGGGACUUGUGGUGGAGUCAACCUGAGCACUGCAAAUUCUUUUCUGCACAUCACUGAGAAGUUGCCAAUUGAUGAUAGAUUGAGGAUUUAACUAAAAAGUGGGACUAAUCCGCAGACUUUUCAUUUGUGUUUGGUCCGAAACUUGGGGACAUAUCGUGUUAGGUGUGGGAAAGUUAUUUUUGUCAGACGUUCAGUUCAGAACCGGUGGGCUUCCAUUGUGAGACAAGGAAAUGGAUCAGGCAAACUAAGUGUAUGGAAAUUACGCAGUACCUAUCUGUUUAACUUAACAAACAUUUUACACUGAAAUAAUGCUGUAUCAAAGCAACAGUGUUGGAUCAUAUUUUGAAUCUAGAUUUUGUGGAACUAAAAAGUAAUGACAUUCUUGCGAGUUUUUGGCUGCCCCUUCACCACUGUUCUGUGCUGUCUCUUGUCUAGUUUUUAUCUUGAUUAAUAUAUGACUAGAGACACAAUUUUAUUUCAGAAUUUUUUGUGGGGCAGAAAAAACGCAGAGUACAUGUACAUGUAAUUCUUUUAUUGACACAACAUUCCAUCACAAUUCAUUCAGCAGCAAGCCUCCAGUUGUUUGAAUGAAAUGUGACACUGUCGAGUAGUUUUGUGUUUAAUGUUUAAUAUGGACAGUGUUUUAUUUGAGUCCAUCACAAGUCCCUGUAAAUCUAUCACAAAUCAUUCUUUCUUAAGCCAGUUCACGAGCUAUUCAAAUAAACUGUGAUAAAACAUUCUUUUGUCGUUGCUCACCCUGUUACAUGACUGACCUUGUGAAGACACUUGUGACUGGACAUGUGAAGGGUGAAAGGACUUGCGAUGGACUCGAAUAUAACACUGUUAUAGACCCUAGUUUUGUUGUUUCAUUUUUCCCCGCUUGCUAGUCCCAGUGUAAGCAACAUUUGGUUGCACAAAAUACCAUUCGGGGAACAAAUAUUAUGCAAAUAAAUUACAAAGCAGCAAAUUGUGCACUUUAUUUGAGCAACAUUUAAUGCUAGCCACUUUUCAGGACAGGAUUUGCAGGCGUUGUAUGUGAGGGCCUUGUUUCCCAUGGUUAUUUCAUUUAGAGAUUGUGGCUCAUGCACACUGAGAUGGGAAUACAGUGGUGCUUUUUGUUUGGUUACUUUGAGUCGUUUGGGAAUUAAUUUUAAUUUUAUGCUUAAUAUUGGACCCUUUGAUUUUUGGGUCAGCUUUGGUUCCGCUGUAAUUUUGGGAAUAUUGUUUAUUAUUGUUAUUGUUAUUUUUUUUGCAAAAGCUAAAAUGAAAAAUUAUGUGAAGAGUUAAUUUAUGCUGCAUGUUUACCAUCAGUGUAUAACAUUUGGCAUUUGUGGAAUUUGAUGAAUGAGAAACCCCAUCCUCUCCCAUUGUGAGACUGUGACAGAUAGUUAAGAAGUUGUUUCAUUUAAGUGGCUGUGUACUUGUUUAUUCUUAGUUUGGGGAUUUCAGUUGGAUGCAAGAUGUACAAAGGCUAAGCCAAAUAGGCGGAGCUAGGGCAUGCUUAUGGGAGGGGCAUACCCUGUACCUGAAUAAGCAAAGGUUCUGUACAAACUCUGAUGCCAUCAUGUGAUUGUUGGCUAUCUCCUCCAACCCUGCACCUGAAUCGCUUCUUCCUCACAAGAUCUCCUGAGCACUGUGGAUUAUUUUGUCGAUUGACAUAAGUGAAGUGUAUUUUUUGAAAAAAGUCCAGAAAAUUGAAAAUUGGCGUUGGGGGGGGGGUGUUGUGUUAGGGGGGCAACAAAAAGGAAGAGAUUAUCGGUGACUUUCAGAAUGGUUGUGGUAAAAUAAGUCAUAUUUUAUUAGAAGUUGAGCUAUUAGUGUGAUAUGGAACAAAGAGUCAAGAUUCAA